AGAGGGGCCAAUAUUUGUUAUAUGGUUGGUGAAUGUCUCCCCCCUCCCACUCUUUCCCUCUUAAGUCUUCCCCCCGAGUCCCUUCUUUUUCUUCACUCCCUUCCAUCUUCCAAUUUAGCCCAACGCCUAGCCUUUCCUCUGCCAAGCUCUCUCUUUUUGUCUGUUGGAAUUGGUUUUUGAUUAGAUGAGGAAGCUUUGUCCCAAUUACGACCGGGAAGACGGGCUCGAGACGGUCCUCGAGGUCCCAAUCCCCGAAGAGAUGUUCGCAUCCACAAACCGGCACGUGAGCCGGUCAUGGCAGAACAUGAAGUCCUGGAUGAGGCCGAGCUCCGAGAAAUCCCCACCCUCUCUCGCAACUCUGUUUGGAGGCAGCGGCCGUGCGACCGAGGUCCAGCUCCUCCUCGGCGUGAUUGGAGCUCCUUUGAUCCCACUCUCAAUCAGUAAUUGUCAGCAUAAUCCCAUUGGAAGGAACAUCAAGGAUCAGCCUAUUGAAGCAUCGAUGGCGAAGUAUAUAGUCCAACAGUACAUCGCAGCAUCUGGAGGAGAGACUGCUCUAAACGCCAUAAACAGCAUGUACGCUAUGGGCAAGGUUCGGAUGACAACAUCAGAAUUCAGCUCGGGCGAGGAGAUUGUGAUGAACAAUAAAUCCAAGACAAAGGGCUCAAAGCAUGGCAGCGGAGAGAUGGGCGGUUUCGUGCUCUGGCAGAAGCAGCCUGAGCUGUGGUGCCUCGAGCUGGUGGUUUCAGGCUACAAGAUCAGCGCUGGAAGCGAUGGAAAAGUGGCUUGGCGGCAGACCCCGUGGCAUCACUCCCAUGCAUCCCGAGGCCCUCCCCGUCCCCUAAGGCGUUUCUUGCAGGGUCUUGAUCCGAGGUCCACAGCGAACCUCUUCUCGAACUCGGUCUGCAUUGGGGAGAAAUCGAUAAACAACGAGGACUGCUUCAUCCUCAAACUUGAGGCAGACCCAACCACCUUAAAGGCCAGGAGCAGCGGCAACGUCGAAAUAAUCCGGCACACAAUCUGGGGCUGCUUCAGUCAAAGGACGGGCCUCCUAGUCCAGCUUCAAGAUACCCAUUCACUGAGGAUCAAAACCAAUGACCAGAGCGUAAGCUGGGAGACCUCCAUGGAAUCACACAUCAAGGACUACCGGACCAUCGAUGGGUUCAACAUCGCACACGGAGGCCGCACCUCGGUGUCCCUGGCACGGUACGGGGACUCGAAGGGGCCGGAGGCGACCUCAAGGACCCAAAUGGAGGAGGUUUGGACCAUUGAGGAAGUGGACUUCAACAUCAAAGGUUUGGCGAUGGAUUGCUUCCUGCCUCCUGCGGACUUGAAGAAGGAGGACGAGGGUUGCGGGGUCGAUGCUCCACCCACAAGCAAUGACACAAAGGUGAUUCGAGUUGGCAUUCGGCGAUCAGGGUCUACAAGAUCAAAUGGCAGCUCUCAGGUCGUCGCUAUCAAUGAGGAAGAUGACAUCUGCAGAGAAGACAUGUAAUUAAUUCCAUGAUAUAAAUUGUAGUCCUCGUCUUGUACAUAUAUCAUCAUAUUCAGGAGCGUAAGAACGUAUCCCGGCUCCCCGGCUAUUAGGUGCACGUAGAUAGAUGCGGCUGCAAGCUUAUAUUUGCAGCAGCUUUAGUCGUUACUUGAGUCGUCGUCCAAUUAUUUUGUAAAACAAUCAAAAACCAUUUUGUUACACGUUUGACAUUAUUGUAAAUGCAGUUCAAAUUGAGCAA